UGAGGCCUCCGCUCUGGGAUCGUGAGGUCCCUACCUUUUUGUCAGUGGUAGCUGGGCUGAGUUCCUCGCGUGCAGGCCCUUCUGAGUUUUCUGGACGUACUCUCUGGAUCCUCAAUAAACUGGUGAUCGAUUUAGGGGAAAAGAAGCCUCACUGGAGAGCAGAGGCACGUUCUAGGCAGGAUUUUGCCUUCCCAUGAACGGCAUAACUCAGCACUCUGCAAAUUUCCAGAAGUUGGAUAAAAAAUGACCACAUUCAAGGAGGCGCUGACAUUCAAGGAUGUGGCUGUUGUCUUCACCAAGGAAGAGCUGAGGUUGCUUGACUCUGUGGAAAGGAAGCUGUACCGAGAUGUGAUGCGGGAGAACUUCAGGAACCUUCUCUUAGUGGGGCAUCAAUCAUUCAACCAAGAUACAUUCUACUCCCUCAGGGAAGAACAACUUUGGAUGACAAAGACAGCAACCCAUAGAGAAGGGAAUUCAGGAGACAAGAUCCAAACUGAGUUGGGGACUAUUCCAGAAGCAGAACCACAUGAGGCGUUAUCCUGCCAGCAAAUCUGGGAACAAAAUGCAAGUGACUUAACAAGGUCUCAAGACACCACAAUAAAUAGCUAUCAGUUCUCCAAACAAGGUGAUGUCCCCUACCACUUUGAGGCAGGGCUUUCUGUUAUUCACAUAGGACAGAAAACUUACCAGGGUAAUGAAGAUAAACAAUUCUUCAAUGAUGUCUCCAUCUUUGAUGUUCAUCAGCAAUUAUACUCAAGAGAGAAGUCUCACACAUGUGAUGAGUGUGGAAAGAGUUUCCGUUACAGAUCAGUUCUUCUUAUUCAUCAGAGAGUCCACAUGGGAGGCAUGGGAGAGAAACUCUAUAAGUGUUAUGUGUGUGGUAAGGAAUUCAGCCAGAGCUCACAUCUGCAAACUCAUCAGAAAGUCCACAUUGCAGAGAAACCAUUCAAAUGUGAGCAGUGUGGGAAAGUCUUCAGUCGUAGAUCGGGACUUAAUGUUCAUUGCAAAUUACACACAGGGGAGAAACCUUACAAUUGUGAGGAAUGUGGAAGGGCCUUCAUUUAUGCGUCACUGCUUCAGGAACAUCAGAGAAUUCAUACUGGAGAGAAACCAUUCAAAUGUGAGAUAUGUGGUAAGAACUUCCGGGUUAAGUCACGACUUAAUAGGCAUUUCAUGGUUCACACAGGAGAAAAACCAUUCCGGUGUGAUACAUGUGGUAAGAGCUUCUGUGUUAGGUCACUACUUAAUAGACAUUCCAUGGUUCACACAGGAGAAAAACCAUUCCGAUGUGAUACAUGUGGUAAGAGCUUUCACCAGAGAUCAGCACUUAAUAGUCAUUAUGUGGUCCACACAGGAGAGAAACCAUUCCAAUGUAAUACAUGUGGUAAGAGCUUUCAUCAGAGAUCAGCACUUAAUAGUCAUUGUGUGGUCCACACAGGAGAGAAACCAUACAAAUGUGAGGAGUGUGAAAAAGGCUUCAUUCGUAGGCAGGAUCUUUUUAAGCAUCAUGUGGUCCACACAGGAGAGAAACCAUACAAAUGUGAGGAGUGUGGAAAAGGCUUCAUUCGUAGGCAGGAUCUAUUUAAGCAUCAUGUGGUCCACACAGGAGAGAAACCAUAUAAUUGUGAAGAAUGUGGGAAGAGCUUCAGAUGGUCCUCAAGUCUGUCAAGACAUCAGCGAGUCCACAGUGGAGAAAAACCAUUUAAAUGUGAAGAAUGUGGGGAGGGAUUUUAUACAAAUUCACAACGCUAUGCCCAUCAGAGGGCCCACAGUGGAGAAAAGCCAUACAAAUGUGAAGAGUGUGGGAAGGGCUACAAAUGGAGGUUGGAUCUUUACUCUCACCAGAAGGUCCACACAGGUGAGAAACUUUAUAAUUGUAAGGAAUGUGGGAAGAGCUUUAGUAGGGCCUCAGGUCUUUUGAAACAUCACAUAGUCCACACUGGAGAAAAGCCAUAUAAAUGUGAGGAGUGUGGUAAAGGCUACAUUAGUAAGUUUAAUCUUGAUAUGCACCAGAGGGUCCAUACUGGAGAAAGACCUUAUAACUGUAAGGAUUGUGGGAAGAGUUUUGCCUGGGCUUCAUGUCUUUUGAAACAUCAGAGACUUCACAGUGGAGAAAAACCAUUCAAAUGUGAAGAAUGUGGGAAAAGAUUUACUCAGAAUUCACAACUUCAUUCCCAUCAGAGAGUCCACACUGGAGAAAAGCCAUACAAAUGUGAGGAAUGUGGGAAAGGCUUUGGCUGGGCCUCAACUUGUCGGACCCAUCAGAGACGACACAGCAAAUAAACACCACUGAAAUGUGAGGAUUAUGGGAAGGACUACGUGCACAGUUCUUACUUUAAAGUCCAAGAUAAAGUUCAUGGUGUAGAAAAGCCAUAGAAACAUGAAGGACUGUGUGAAGGGCUACAACCAGCUCUUGAAUCUUGGUACACAUCACAGAGUCCACAUGGGAGAGAAACCGUAGAAGUGUGGGGAGUGUGGUAUGUGUUUCAGUGUAGCCUUCAACUUCAUCAAAGUGUCCACACUGAAGAGAUACUUUAGUAAUGUGAUGUGUGUGAUAAAGUCUUCAUUUAUUCUUCAUGAAUACAAUCUCAUCUGAGAGUUCACAAAGGGGAAAAACAGUAAAAUGUGGGACAUGUAGUAAGCUCUUCAUUUUGAGUUCAUAUCUUAUCAUUUAUCAGAGAAUCCAUGUUGAUCAAUUUUUUGUUGUUGUUGAUCAGUUUUAUCCAGUCUUGUAAGAGAUACAUCAUUUGUUAUGUUAGAGUCAGUGUUUCUGCCGCAGCUCAGCAUACCCCUGUGGUCUCAGGACCAUCAUAGUGAAGAAUUGUGGUAAGUGGUGCAUAAAGCUUCAUUCAGUUUAAUGGCUGUAGUUGUCAUUCAGGAGACAGGCCUUAGAAAGGAUGAGAGUUCUCUCAGCUAUUUAGAAAACUCUAAUGAUGAACACACCAAAAUUUACUUCCACUGGAAUGUAAGCUACAUGUUUCUGCGCUGCUGAAUCUUCAAGUUAAUAUUGAUUAGUACUUCGUAUAUGUGUUCAGUACUCAUUUUGUUUUUUAUUUCAGAAUAUUGUGGGCGUACUAACAUUUUGGUUACAUGAAUUGAUUUUGUACAGUUUGACUCAAAGUUAUUAAGUGUGCCCAUCACCCAGAUGGUAUGCAUUGUACACAUCAGGUAUGAACUUAUCCAUCCCCUCUCUCCUCUCCUACCUGUUUGAUUUCCAUUGAGUUUAACUUUGACAUGUGCACACAAGUGUUGAUCGAUUAGCUCCAAUUUAAUAGUGAGUACAUGUGGGGGUUGUUUUUCUAUUCCUGUGAUACUUCCCUUAUUUCGAUCCUGUGAUACUUCAGUUAGAAGGAUGUUCUCCAGUUCCACCCAGAUUGUUAUAAAAGGUAUUGGUUCACUAUUUUUUUGUGGCUGACUAAUACUCCAUGGUAUACAUAUACCACAUUUUAUUAAUCAAUAAUUAUUGAUGUGUACUUGGGUUUAUUCCACCACUUUUUAUUUGUGAAUUGUGCUGUAAUAAACAUUCAAGUUCAAGUGUCUUUUUAACAAAUGACUUUUUUCCUUUUGUUAAACACCAAAUAGUGGGAUUGCUUGAUCAAAUGCUAAGUCUACUUUUAGAGAUUGGACUAGUUGGCAGUCCCACCACCAAUGGCUUUUAUCAAAAGUGUUCUUUUAUCAAAGAACACUUACACAUUGUUGGUGUAAGUGUUCCUUUAUCUCCACAUCCACACCAGCAUCUGUUGUUUUGGGACUUUUUGAUAAAAGCCAUUCUCACUGGAGUGAGGUGAUAGCUCAUUAUGGCUUUGAUUUUUGAUGAUUAGAGACAUUAAGCAGUUUUUCGUAUGUUACUGGCCUUUCAUAUAUCUUCUUUUGAAAAGCUUCUGUUCAUGUCUUCGGCCCACUACUAAAUGGGGUUGAUUUUUUUUUUCUUUCUUUCUUUUUUUUGCUGAUUUUCUCCCAUUCUGUAGAUUUUCCUUGGCUGUGCAGAAACUUUAUAAUUUGGUUAGGUCCCAUUUAUUUAUUUUUGUUAUUGCUAUAAAUGCUUUUGGGGUCUUGUACAGCCACACGUGGAAGACUGAAACAGGAUCUGCCCCUUUUACCACUCACAAAAAUUAAUUCAUGAUGGAUAGCAUGCUUAGACCUCAGGCAUGAAACUAUAAUAAUUAUGGGAAAAAAAUCUUGGAAACACUCUUAAAGAUUUCAGCCUAGACAAAGAAUUUAUGUUUUGUUUUGUUUUGUUUUGGAAUCAAAUGUUCUGAGCAGUAUCAAAUGUUCAUUUGUUAAACGAAUCAAAAAAGAAGAAACCAUACAAUAUUUUAAAAAUUGUGUCCAAAAGAGGAAACAUGCAAAAAGCAUUUCAACAAAACAUGAGUUGAAAUGACAAGUACACUCAGUACUGAGAUCCACAGCAUCAUUUUGAAUAUUAUUCUAUGGCAGUAGGCUGCUGGCUUCCCCUCAUUCCUCUGGUCUGAAAUUGGAUUCUUAUUAUUUAUGGCUAUGUGUAGUGUUCUGUUGGUAAUUUUCCUUAUAGCACAGGUGGAAAAGGUACUGGUAACUUUGCAGUUAAGUGGGAAUCAGGUUUAUAGUGUAGUUCAGGCUAGGCAUUUCUAGGGGGCUUGUUGACCUGAGUCCAAGUUCCUUAUACCCUCGAGGCUACCAAUAACCUGGUGGUCUACACAGUAUGUCUCGCACCCAGGAGGCUCAGGACUAAAAUUCUGGGGGUCCUUUUGACCAGAGUCCAGGAUCCUGCACCCCUCUUUCAGGUGUCAUAAAUGGCCCAAUUAUUACCUGGUGGCUGAGAACAGAAUGCCUAGCAACUAAAGAUUAUUACUUGAGUCCUGCACAAGCAUACAUAGAAAUCACAGAAGCAAGUUAGGCAGGUUUUUCCCCAAUUUGUAAAGUGUAUAUUGUAAUUACAUGGUGUGCCUGCAUGAUUUUCUUUUCCUUUGUUUGCCUUCUUGAGGUACCUUUGCUAAGUUUUUGCAUUAUGUUGUGAAUGCGAUUUAUGAUUUUUCAUUGAAUAUAGAUAGCACAAUGGACCAUGGCUGCACUUCCUGGCUGCACUUGAGAUGCUGCUAGUUAUAGGGUAAGCCUCUCACAGGCUCCCAUUGGUUAAUUAAUUCACAUGAGAUAACUGAAUCUGAAUUUUUCUUGUGUCAACUGCCCUCAGUGCAGCUCCUGGCAAAGGUUGUGAGGACCCAGGCCCCCACACAGUUACAGACCACUGAUUAUUUUAUAAUUAAAUUUUUAUGAUUGUGGUAAGGCAGAUCUUACAGUAAUGCUUUUAAAGUGUCAGAAAUAGUUACAUUGACAAACAUUUUCUUAGUCAAUCCUGAAUUGAUCAUGAUUUGUGAUUCUGCAUUUCCAUGCAGGCUUCAAUGUGGUUGUUCUUGAAUUGCUAGCAUUUCUUUUUUCAAACUUCUCAAUUUGAAGCUAUUCUAAAUUUGAAGGACAUCUUUUGACAGCUUCCUUACCUGGUAUUCUUCCAUUAUCCAGCCCUAUGAAAUACUAAGAUAAACUACUUGGAAUUUGGAAAUUUUAUCAAAUGUACUCAUUAUUGGGGCAGUAAUAACAUUUACAUGCCUCCCUUUAUUGCUUGCAAUAAAAAAUGUAUCUUUUGGAAAGGAUUAUAUGUCAGAAUGUAUAAGGUGGAACUGUUUCAUAUGAAAAUCAUAGGAUAGGGAAUUAUGAUUAUGACAUUAAAACUUCAAAAAGUAGAUUGCCGGGCAUGGUGGCUCAUGCCUAUAAUCCUAGCACUCUGUGAGGCCGAGGUGAGUGGAUUGCUUGAAAUCAGGAGUUUAAGAUCAGCUUAAGUAAGAGUGAGACCCUGUCUCUACUAAAAAGUAGCCCAGCAUUGUGGCAGGCGCCUGUCUGUAGUCCCACCUACUAGAGAGGCUGAGGCAAGAGAAUCACUUGAGCUCAAGAGUUUGAGGUUGCUGUGAGCUGUGAUGCUACAGCACUCUACCAAGGGCGACAAAGUGAGACUCUUGUCUUAAAAAAAAAAAGAAAGAAAAACUAAUAACAAA